CGCGCAAUGGCGCGUGACCGCGCACGUUCGGUUCGAAUCAUUUAACCAGGAACGCGUACGUGCGCGUACCCGUAUUCUUUGUGUGGCAGCGUAGAGAAGCGCCAAAAGAGUGACCAUGGCUGAUGAAAAACCAAAGGAAGCAGUAAAGACAGAAAGCAAUGAACACAUAAACCUGAAGGUAGCAGGUCAGGAUGGAUCUAUAGUGCAGUUCAAGAUCAAAAAACACACCCCGCUCAUCAAACUCAUGAAGGCCUACUGCGAUAGACAGGGACUGUCAAUGAGGCAAAUCAGGUUCAGAUUUGAUGGACAGCCAAUAAAUGAGACAGACACACCAUCACAGUUGGAAAUGGAAGAUGAAGAUACAAUUGAUGUGUUUCAACAACAGACGGGAGGCCUCAUUUAAUCAACCACAUGCUUCACCAUUUUCUUUCUCAACACAUCCAACCUUCCCGGCCUGCGAGACACAGCGGCUGCUUCUUUGCAACAUGUCCUAUUGUCUCAACAGAAUUCCAUGCAGAAUAAGUUCUAGUUUCUCUGCUCCACAAUACUGCUGUAUAGUAUUUUCAGUCUUGCCCUUGUUACGUUUCUGUUUUUGUACAUAAACCACACCCAGGUUUUGUUUGUUCAUGCUGUAUUGUGGUAAAUGUUAAGGACUUCCUCUUGCAAGGUUGCAGACAGAUAGGACUGGUGAUAGAAUGAGACUAAAUACAACUGACUUUACUGAUCUAAUGUCGUUGGGCUAGGCUUAGUUAGACUCCAGAAAAUCUCAUCUUAAACUGUACUAUUUUGGGGCUGGAUAUCACCACUUGGGGAACGGUAUACCCAGUUUGGGAAUGGGGAUGCAUUGUCAUUUGGUUUCUGUUAUCUUCAGAACAACUAUUUGAUUUUAUACAUUUUUAUAUAGUAGUGGAUGUGUAGAGAAAUGUUUGAUUAAUCGUUUGACUAGGCCAAGCUUCAAAUUUUGGGAAGCUUGAAGAGAUGUCUCAUGAAAUAAACAUCUGUAUUGUCUUUUAAGAUGCCUGUUCAAAUAAAACUAUUGUCUUUUUCCAAACUUCAACUAA